AUGGAUCAAAAGGCCUCGUCGUCUUUUCCUGAUUCAGAGACUAUCCCAAGUGGAACUCAGUUCGAAGCGUAUGCGCCUCCGAAUCCUCCAAACCUGUUCACGAUCGUACGUGGACAGGUCCUGACUAAGGAAGGAUGGUGGGGAGAUUUUGACUGGAAGAACAUGUGUAUGCCAUCUUUCCUAGUCAAAGGAAAGACCAAUGCACCCUUUUGGGGUCUCAACAGUCGUCUCCCACUUGGUCUGGCUGCUAUCAUGGGAUUCCAACACUCUCUUGCCAUGGUCAGUGGUGUUGUUACACCUAUCUUGAUUAUGAUUGGAUCUGGAUCGACUUCCCUCAACCUCACAUUAGAAGAUCAGCAAUAUCUUCUUUCAGCUGCACUCAUUACUUCGGCUAUCCUGUCACUUAUCCAGAUCACUCGCUUCAAAAUAUACGGCACAAACUAUUACAUCGGAACUGGUCUGCUCAGUGUGGUCGGUCCUAAUUUUGCCAGUAUCCCUGCGACGGCUGCCAUCAUCAAAAACAUGUACUCAAACGGCUAUUGUGAAACUUCUGUUCUCGAAGACGGUACAAUCGAUUAUCUCCCUUGUCCCAAAGCAUGGGGUGCCAUUCUGGGAACCUCUAUGGUUUGCUCUUUCUUUGAGAUUGGCAUGAGCUUCUUGCCUCCCAAGAUGAUCAAGCGUAUUUUCCCUCCAAUUGUCUCUGGUACAACAAUCUUGCUUAUUGGAUGUAGUGUUAUUUCUACUGCUUUAUCUGAUUGGGCUGGUGGAUCUGGUGGAUGUUCAUCUCGUCCUGAGACAGGGUACUAUUCGCAAUGUCCCAAUACCGAUGCUCCUCAUCCUCUUCCCUGGGGCAGCCCUGAAUUUAUUGGCCUUGGAUUUGUUGUAUUUGCUACAAUUCUAUUGAUCGAAAACUUGGGGUCUUCGUUUAUGAAGAGUGCUCAGAUUGUUCUUGGAUUGAUUGUCGGUACUAUCGUUGCCGCUGCUUGUGGAUACAUUGAUGAUAGUUCUAUUACCAGUGCCCCUGUAAUUACAUUUGUUUGGGUCAAGACAUUCCCAAUAACUGUGUAUGGCCCAGCUGUCAUUCCAUUUUUGAUUGUUUAUCUGGAUAAUAUGCUGGAGAGUAUUGGUGAUAUUACUGCUUCGUGUGAUGUUUCGGGUGUAGAGGUUGACGGACCAGCAUUCCAAGCACGUAUUCAAGGAGGUCUGUUGGCAGAUGGUGUCAAUUCAUUUAUUGCCGCCUGCAUGACCAUAAGUCCCCUUGUUACUUUUGCCCAGAACAACGGUGUGGUAGCUUUGACAAGAUGUGCUAACCGUGUUGCUGGAUACUUUUGCUGUUUCUUUAUUUUGCUGUAUGGAAUCUUUGGCAAGAUUUCGGCUGUAUUCUUGGCCAUCCCAAAGUGUGUAUUGGGCGGUAUGAAUGCCUUUUUGUUUGCUUCUGUCACUGUGUCUGGAAUUCGUAUUUUGGCUUACCUGCCAUGGACCCGUCGCGAUCGUUUUAUUACAACCGCAUCACUUGCCCUUGGUAUGGGUGUCACACUCUGUCCUGGCUGGUUCUCUCAUGUGUUUAGCUAUAGCGGUAACAACGACUCCCUCAAGGGUUUCUUGAGUGCUAUUGAAACUAUUGUGGAUACUGGCUACUGUAUUGGAUCUCUGAUGGCCAUCUUCCUUAACCUGGUGGUCCCUGCUGAGUGGGGCCCCGAAACUAUGCAGGAAAUCGACGAACUUAACCAAAAAGAGCGCGAUGAGAUUCGUAAUGGGUUCCUUACCAGCAGUACCUUGAAUGAGGAGCACAAUUUAUCUGAAUUGAACGAAAGAGCCAACCCUUAG